AUGGACUGGGUCGAGCGUAUGUUCAUUCCGGUUCCGUAUUGUAAUACGUACAGUUUACACCAAGUACCAGGUGCCCCAGGUACGGGUGUGAUGUGCGUGACAUUAUUCGGACAUGCACACUGGUUAGACGAUAGGAUAACAUCGAAUUUACGUGAAUUAUUGAAUGAGACAUUGGAUGAGGGAUGUUCGAUAGAGUUGGUUGCAUCCGAUUGCGCUACAUACUCAGACGGUGACGUGCUCGCCUUCUUAGCUACAUGGUAA